AAGUCGCGAUCGCGAACCAAUAAGUCGGCGAUAGAGUCACCAGAGUCUCAGGUUGUCUUCUCAGUCAGUGCACAAUGGUCAAAGAGGAGAAAAGUGGUCUUCCCGAUCCUCCAGCCUUCGGCAAUGUGGAGUACGUCAUGAGGAUCACCUACACACUCUCAACGGACCGCAGGACUAUGUCCUUUGUAGAUUUCCUGUGGGGUUUCGAGAUCACAGGUGGUGUCGAUCAGCAUGAGCCCCUCACGAUAAUCAGUGUUCGCGAGGGAGGAUUGGCUCACAAGGCGGGAAUUCAGGUGAACGACACCAUCGUGAAGAUCAACAAUGUUUCUGCUGAGAAAUUAACUCUCAUGGAAGCACAGAAGUUGAUCAGAAAAUCAGGAAAAUCCGUUCGUAUCAUUGUGCAGGGCGACGAUAACAGUGAGAGUGACUUUGGCGCCGAAGACGAGUACACAGUGAACUUCUGGUUCACGCCUCCGAUCACGCGUCACGUGGCGACAUCCAACAUCUCAAGAGGAAAAUUGACAGGCGUCUUUCCCUGGAAUGAUCGCAGGAAGCAGAUUUACAAGGAAUCCAAUUGCUAUUUAGUCCCCAGCAUUUAUGUGGAGAGAAUGAAGCGAUCGUCGGCGAAUAGGACGAUUAUACAAUCUCUCGAGGAGAAAAUAGCAAUCCAGCAUAGAGAGAUCCGCACGCGAACAGAGCCCAGUGAUAUUUACUAUGAAUUAGAAGAUCUUCCCCUUUCCUCUCGCAGUGCGUGAAGAUCACGCAAUUCAUCGUGACAAUUUCGUCUCCGUCAUCGGAUUCACCAAAUUGCUGCACUGAUGUGCGACUAUUAAUUGAACAGAUAUCGACGAUCAGUUGGGUGUGCAAUCUCGAGCAAGUUCAGUGUGAUUGAUCAUUUUCUGCGUGAUCACUUUAAAAUAAAGAAAGUUCUUUUCGCAAAA